AUGUUAGAUCAUUUAUUAAGACUUGAGAACGAUCCUGAUGUUAAAAUACUUGUUUUAUUAGGAGAGGUUGGUGGAUAUGCUGAGUAUGAAGUUAUGCAAGCAUUAAAAGAUAAACGAAUAACAAAGCCUCUUGUAUCCUGGGUUGUAGGUAUAUGCGCUUCUUAUAUUAAGACGGAAGUUGCGUUUGGACAUGCAGGAUCAUGGGCUAAUACAGCAGCAGAAUCAGCAGCAGCAAAGAAUGCAGCACUUGCUGCAGCAGGAGCAUUAGUCCCAACAUCAUUUAAUACAUUUGGAGAUCUCGUGAAGAAUGUAUUUCAGAGACUUGUUGCUCAAGGUGGUAUCGAGAGAAGAAGAGAGAUGCCUAUACCCCGUAUACCUUUAGAUUAUGCCUGGGCUAAGAAGCUAGGACUUGUAAGAAAGCCGAAAGGGUUUAUAUCCGCAAUAUCUGAUGAUAGAGGUGAAGAAUUAUUAUAUGCAGGGAUGCCGAUAUCUUCUGUUGUAGAAGAAGGUCUUGGUGUAGGAGGAGUAAUAUCAUUACUAUGGUUUCAGAGACCUUUAGCUUCUUAUUGUUAUCGAUAUCUUGAAACAGUAUUAAUGCUUACUGCUGAUCACGGACCGGCUGUAUGCGGAGCUCAUAAUGUUAUUGUUACAACAAGAGCAGGUAAAGAUUUAAUUAGUUGUUUAAUAUCCGGUCUUUGUACAAUAGGAGAUAGAUUUGGAGGUGCUUGUGAUAAGGCUGCUCAGCAGUUUCUUGCUGCUUUUUCUGCACGAAAGACGCCUCAAGAGUUUGUUCAAAGUAUGAAGACUGAGAAUAAACUUAUCAUGGGUAUUGGUCAUAGAGUAAAGUCAAUUCAUAACCCCGACCAUCGUGUAGAGUUGUUAAAGAAGUUUUGUUUAAAACAUUUUCCUAAGACCCCUCUAAUAAACUUUGCUCUUGAAGUAGAAAAAAUUACUACAAGAAAGAAAGAUACUCUUAUACUUAAUGUUGAUGGGUUGAUCGGUGUAUCUAUGUGCGAUCUUCUCUUACAUUCGGGGUUCUUUAGCGAGACAGAAGCAAGAGAUUAUAUUAAUAAUGGUUGUAUCAACGGACUAUUUGUAUUAGGAAGAAGUAUAGGGUUUAUCGGGCACUUCUUAGACCAGAGAAGACUUAAACAGGGGCUCUAUAGACAUGAUGUUGAUGAUAUUGCUUAUGUUCUUCCUGGCUAUGGGGCUAAUCCUUCAGAGUAA